AUGGGUGUCCCUGUGGUGGCUGCGGUGGCCGCCGCCGCGGCCAUCAUCUUCUUCGCCUUCACAGCAGGUCAGCCAGCAGCCAUGGCCGCCAUUGUCGAACACACCUUCAUUGUGAGCCAGGUGAAUAUGACGCGCUCGUGCAAGGAGACGCUGGUGACCGUGGUGAACGGGCAGCUCCCGGGGCCGUCGAUUGAGGUCACUGAGGGAGACUCGUUGUCCGUUCAUGUCGUCAACAAGUCACCCUACAACAUCACAAUCCAUUGGCAUGGAGUGAAGCAGCGGCUUAGCUGUUGGGCUGACGGAGUGCCGAUGAUCACCCAAUGCCCCAUCCGUCCGGACCACAACUUCACCUAUCGAUUCGACGUGGCCGGGCAGGAAGGCACACUAUUGUGGCACGCUCACGUUGGAUGCUUCAGGGCAACCCUGCACGGCGCCCUCAUCAUCCGGCCGAGACAAGGAGCGAGCUCGUAUCCAUUCCCAAAGCCGCAUCUGGAGAUCCCCAUGAUCUUAGGGGAGUGGUGGGACAUGGAUCUUGUAAAGUUGGACAGGAACAUGGUGGGAGGUGACUUUCUUGAUAACCCAACUGCAAUGACCAUAAACGGCCAGCUUGGAGCUCCCUUCAAUUGCUCUGGGAUUGUAAAAGAUGGCUUCGUGCUGGAGGUGGAGACUGGAAUGACCUACCUACUACGAGUAAUCAACGCUGCACUCUUCACCGAGUUCUACCUCAAGAUCGCCGGACACAAGUUAACGGUGGUUGCCGCCGACGCCAACUACGUCAACCCCUACACCACAGACACCAUUGCGAUUGCACCCGGCGAGACGCUGGACGUCCUAGUGGUUGCCGACGCGCCUCCUGGCAAGUACUGCAUGGUUGCCGUAGCGCUACAGUCGCCGAAGCCUGACCAGCAGCUCCCGUUCUUCAUGACGAGCGGCACGGUGCAGUACAGCCACAAGAAUGGCACCUCAGGCCACCACAAUGUAGCCCCGGUGGUGCCUGACCUGCCUGACCAGCACGACACCAUGACCACCUAUUACUUCCACGGCAACUUGACCAGCCUACGGCAGCCACAGGUGCCGGUGCACCCUGAUGAGUACUUCUUCAUCACACUCAGUGACGGCUCUAUCUGCCGGCAUGGUCGCCAGUCCUGCAAGAGGAGUGGUAGCAAUGAAUCCAUCCUCGCGGUGGCCAUGAACAACGUCUCUUUCCAGAUCCCUAGAUCAGUGGCAGCGCCAUUGCUGGAGUCACACUACUACCACCGCAACAACGACACGGCUUCCAUUGGGGGAGUGGAUCUGUUCAUGCUGCCAAACUCGCCGCCGAGGGUGUUCAACUUCACCGACCACUCCCUGGUCCCGGAUGGACCCAAGGAGGCGCAGCUGGAGGCGACGGAGAAGAGGAUGGUAGGACGGCGGUUCCGGCAUGGCACGGCGGUGGAGGUGGUGUUUCAGAACACGGCGUUGAUGCAGACCGGCUCCCACCCCAUGCACCUACACGGGCACGAUAUGUUCGUGCUCGCCCAGGACUACGGCAUCUACGAUGAGGUGAAGGAUGUGGCCAAGUACAACCUUGUGGAUCCACCGGUCAAGAACACCGUGGUUGUCCCAAGGCUUGGGUGGGUCGCCCUUCGGUUCAUCGCAGACAACCCAGGAGUGUGGUACGUGCAUUGUCACUUUGAUUUUCAUGACACCAGGGGCAUGGCUGCUGUGUUCAUCGUAGAGGAUGGACCUACGGUGGCUUCAAUUCUUCCACCACCACCUGAUGAUCUUCCAAAGUGUAACCAUGACGAUGAUGGCGUUUUCAAUGAAUUAGAACCCUACGAAGGAAAAGAUGGUGUCUCGCAAAGUUAA